AUAUGAUUGAGGGUUUCUCUCUUCUCUCUCCGUCCCUCUUUCUCUCUUUGGUAGCAAACAUAAUAGCAGAAGCAACCAGAGACACACAGAAGAAUUAGCUGAAGCAAAAGCUAUAUAUCAAGACAAACUCAAACGAGAGAGAUAUAUAGGAUCAAGAGAUAGAGAAAAGGUCAUCGCUGAAGAGGUUCUUUCUGCUAUCGCAAAAUGACCAAUAUGCUAGGAACUGAUCGUAAUUUGAACUUCAAAGAGACUGAGUUGUGCCUUGGAUUGCCUGGUGGAGGAGGUGCUGCUGCUGCUGGAAAUGAAGUGGAAUGUUCUCCAAAGACAACUGGAAAAAGAGGCUACUCUGAGACUGUUGAUUUGAAGCUUAAUCUUCAGUCUAAGGAAACUAGCAUGGAUCUGAACCAGAACAUAGAGAAUGGUUCAAAAGAAAAAAUUAUCCUCCCUACUUGCACCAAAGAUCCUGCAAAACCACCAGCCAAGGCACAAGUUGUGGGUUGGCCCCCAGUUCGAUCUUCCAGGAAGAACAUUAUGGCUAACCAGAAGAACAGCUGUGAGCAAAGUGAGAAAGCUAGCAGUGGCAGUGCAGCGUUUGUGAAGGUUUGCAUGGAUGGUGCCCCAUAUCUACGUAAGGUAGAUUUGAAGAUAUAUAAGAGCUACCAAGAGUUAUCUGAUGCCUUGGCAAAGAUGUUCAGUUCCUUCACCAUGGGUAAUUAUGGAUCUCAAGGAAUGAUAGACUUCAUGAAUGAGAGCAAGUUGAUGGAUCUUCUCAACACUUCUGAUUAUGUGCCAACCUAUGAAGAUAAGGAUGGCGACUGGAUGCUUGUGGGUGAUGUCCCAUGGGAGAUGUUUGUUGACUCAUGUAAACGCUUGCGCAUAAUGAAAGGAUCAGAAGCAAUUGGACUUGCUCCAAGAGCAAUGGAGAAAUGCAAGAGCAGAGCCUAAACCACAUAUAUACCUAGCAUUUGGCCAGCUGCUGGCUUUUUUCCUGGUUUCUGUAUCCUUAAAGUCUGGACAAGGCCAUAGUUGCUGUAACAAGGUCCUGGAAUAGAGCAAAGAGCUAGCUGGCUGCUGCUUCUUUGGAUGUGUCUGUGUAUUUUUUUUUUUUUCUGGAUAUAUUUGGUAUAGAUAUGGUAAAAAGAUCUGGGAUAUUUGUAAUGGACAAGAAGCCGUAAACUUAACUCUAUUGUCUGGCUUGUUUAUUUUAAUGGGGCUUGUUUAAUAAUCACCUGUUUUUACUAUUGUUUAGUCGUCCUUUCUGUCAUAAUUUGUUGUGUAUGUGUUUUAUUCUUUCCCCUCAGUUUUAAUGCUAAUAGUACUUUUUUUCCUCUCCUGCAAAUCAAAAAGGAUUCUUCAUAUCAUGUAAUUCCAUGUUCACCGUUUUAUUAAUUUAAUUACUGCAUUCA